GAAAAAAAUUACGUUACAAGAAAUUUUUCUGAUUGCUUUCUGGUCCCUGAGUCCCCAAACUCUAACUUUAGUAUGCUUCACAAAAAUGUGAAAAAUAACGCGCAAGCUAACGCGCAUGUUUUAAUACAAUUCGGAUUAGAGUUGUUAAAUAUAAUUCUCAAACGGAAUAAAAUUUCUAACAUAAGCUAUGAACCAUAUUUAAAUAAAUUAUACCAAUUUUAAAUAAUUCACUGAAAAGUAAUUACAUCAAAGUUACUACGUUGGCACUGAAAUGUUUAACAUCAAUUUGGAAUAAGAAUUACAAAAUUGAGAAAUGUAAUUUAGAGAUAAAUAACAUUUUAGAACAAAUAUUUAAAAUAUUGCAUAAAUAUUCAGCUUGUGGGGCCACACGAAAUGAUGACAGCUUUUGUUUGGUAAAAAACGCAUUGAAAACAAUUGUAGCAUUAUUACGAAAUGUAGCAAAAAUUGAUAUGACUUCAACACAAAUUGGGCAGCUUUUAUUUUACAUUGAACAAUAUAUUUUGGAGACCGAACGGCAGCCAGCAGCAAUUAACUUACUUAAAGCUAUGGUUUUCCGAAAAAUUCAACACAAAAAAUUACAUAAUGUGAUGAAAAACUUACCAAAAAUAACUAUAAUAUCUCCAUCAAUUUUUUUACAAGAUGAAAUUAGAUCUUUGUUGAUACAGUACCUUAUUGAAUAUUCAAAGGAAAAAGAGUGUGAAAAAAUAAUAAAAUUCUUUGCGAUACAAUUGAAUUAUGAAACCUCAAUAGGAAGGAUGUCUGCUGUUAAGUUUAUUGAUCUGGCAAUACGUAAAUUACCUUACGAUUUUCUAUUAAAAAAAUCCGAAUUUUUAUAAAUACAGUUGGGGACACGUUUAGUUAACGAAGAAAUGCCGAGUUGUAUAGCUGCAGUGGCAGAAUGUAUUGAAAUUCUUAUAGCCCGUGUGGACAAACAUAUAAAGCAACGGUUAUUUGACAUUACAUUAAUGUUAAAUAAUGAUAAAAAACCAGCGGUGCGGGAAAUGGCUGCUACAUUGCUUUCUCGUUUUAUUUCGGUGGAAAAAACCUCAUUUUUACCACGAAUAAAUAUAUUGUUUCCAAUUUUGGUAACAUUUUUAAAUUCAAAUACCUUUAAACAACCAGGUCACUCUGCGAUAAUGUCAAUUUCAAAAAAAAGCGUUGUCAAUAGAGAAAGUUUCAGUCUAGACGAAAAAAAUAUUUACAUUCGAAAGGAAAAGGAAAAAGCUACUGACCAUGAAUUGAUUCAAAUUCAAAACUGCAUACUCAAGAUAUUAGAAUUUUUUUCUGAUAGUAUUCUCGUACAUGCAGAAUGGAAUGAAUCAAUUGAUAAAUUAAUAUUUGAAUGUCAAAACCUUCUGGGGUAUGAGCAUGAAUGGGUCCGUUUGAAUGCGGUUAAGAUUAUAAGACACAUAUUUUCUCAUAUUGAUUACGAGUUAGUUACAAAUAUAUUGACAAAAAAGACAAAAAUUAAUGAAAGUGAUAUUAGUUUUUUGUACGUGACGCCUGAAAACAGUAUUAAAAACUUGACACUUGAUUUAUGUGCUCAAAUGGUCCCAGGAAAAACUAGUGAGCUUUUGGCUGAGGAAAUCACAAAUAUAUUUCUCAUAUUUGCUAAUAUUUUGAAAGCAGUCCAAUUAAUGAGCAAUGCAAAAAAUACUACUGCAACUUACAAUGAAAGUCAUACAAGAUGUAAAUUAAAUUUAAACUGGCUUUUAAGACGAAUGCGCUAUAUAGUUCAAGCUGAAAUUUCAAAAGCUCCUCAUAGUUUUAUUUUGCGAAAAUUUGUUUUUAAUUUCUACGAGGGAUUAAUAACCAUAUUGGACGUAAAUAUAAUACAAGAAUUGGCAGUAAGUAUAUUAUCACCCUUAGUAAGAGAAAUGGUUGAAGAUGAUCAAAAUAUUCACCCCGAAUUGAACCAACAAUCUUGCAGAAUUGGAAGCAGGUUACGUAAAAAAAUUGGAUCUGUAGUUUACGAUAAAUUGAGGGCUGAACUUCAGACGAAGUUACUUCUAAAACGUACUUUAAGAAAGAAGGAAAUCGCAAUAGCAAAAGUUUUAAACCCAAUAAAAGCAGUAAAACGAAAGAAAUCAGUUUUAAAAAAAAAAGAAAUAUCAAAAAAGAGAAAGAUAGAUGUCAUUAAAGGUAAAGUUGCUGGAAAAAAAAGGAAAAGAAAAAAUGAUGAAUUAUUUUAGAAUAAAGUACAUUUAUUGAUUUUACGAAAAA